AUGUCGGUGGAGCAGGCUGUGUCUCUGAAUGCGAGUAUAUACAACAAGACACGGAAGCAGAUGGUGAAGCUUGGCCCAGGGCAACUCCAGCUUCAAAAGUACCAGCCCCUCCUGCAGGAGCAGUUGAAAGUGAGCACUGCAGUCAGUGAUCCAAAUGCCCAAGGGCCAAGUGAGUCAUGGAAUGACGAAUUGGUGGAAUGGGAGAUGGACUGGACAUACAACUUCUUCCUGCAAAAAGCAGCUCAAUGGGAUAAACAUAUGAGGGAGUCAUUGGAGAACCAGCUUUGGGGUCAUACAUGUUAUGUGGCAAGACAAUCUCGAAUGGUCUCAUUACUUGCACAGGAUGCACAGGCCGCUUUUCAGGAUCUUACAAAGAUGCCAAUAGAUACCGCAGAUGAAUAA